AUGGUCGAGGAGAGGGUGUUGGAAGGGCUAUAUAUGGCACUCCGGGGUGGUUUUCAACUUGGUGGGGAUAGCGGUGUUGAAGCGGGAGGAGCGGGCAACAGCGAAGGAAGCGCCGUGGAGCUACUCCGAUUUUCUCCGAUUAAUCUUCAGGCCAGUGACAGGUUUAACAUUAAUUCUCAGCUUGAGCAUCUUCAAGCUAAGUUUGUUGGUACAGGGCAUGCUGACUUAAAUAGAUUUGGAUGGGCAGUAAACAUCCAAUGUGAUAGCUAUGCAUCAUACACUGGCCACAACCCCAGGUUGGCGUAUUUCGCCAUUGCUGAAAAUGAAUCGAUUGGAAGAGAACGCUACAAUUUUAUGAAGAGAAUGCUGUUGCAUUGUGGACUUCCUCCGGAGAGAGGAGAAGAUUGAAAUACUUUGAAAGCAAGAACUGCAGAAAAUUCUCUUAUGUGGUAUGUUAGCUUCCUUCGAGGGGGAGAAAAGCAUUAUUGUAUCUACAUUGGAACACAAUGACUUUGUCUUUUUAGCAGGCCAUGGAUUCAGAUGAGGGAUUUGGACGUAAGAUAGUGUGUACUCGUUAAGGUGGCAUUUUGUAUUGCUUCUGUUAGUAUUUGCGUUGAAUAUGUCAUUGGUAGCACUUUUGAACAGUUUUUCGGUGGUU